GUUCCACAAAAUAAUACAUCUAAAUUUUUUCAACUACUUACGGAAUCCUCGUUACGUCCUGAUGCUCCACUCUUUUAUUAGAAUUACCAUCUAUAGCAAACUAAUCAAUUUAACAGAUACUUUCAAAACGCCAUAUAAACCUUCACUACUGACAAUGGAUAUCGGUGUUUCGUUCUCUUUUUUGUUUUCUUACCUUCACCUUAUUUUUCCACCAUCCAUCCCUAUUAAUAAUAUCCUUCUUCCCCUCUUUAGACUCUCCUUCGGCUUUUUAGUAUUAUUCCCGAUUUUGCUUUCUUUCUUCGUAAACGAGAUUAUAACUCAGUUAAGUCCAGACAGAUUAGUGCUAGUAGCCUCUUGUAAUUUCUUGAACCUGUUAAAGAACAUCAUUAAUUUCUUCGUUUAUCAGAAACAGGUACAUUUAAUAAACUGAGAGAAUGGUUUCAGCAAUAUUAAAUUUUACAUAGUACUUGUUUUUUAUCGAAGGUUUAACUACUACGCUAGUUUCUGUAAGCCACGGGAAUGUCAUACAAUGUCCAUCUUGUGAGCUUGUAUAUCUUCAACAUAUUAUGGUUCAGACGUUCUCUUAAUAUUCCUCAAAAAAAUUUUCUUUUUGUUUUCCAGAGGUAAGAGUUGUAGCUACAUGCUAUGAAGAAGUAUUACCUGGUACAACCAUGCCAGACUGUUAGGUCAUAAGGAAUUCUCCGAACUGUCGCCACAUGAGUUUAUAGAUUUUUAAAUAUGUUUAAGCACCUCUCACUAAUCCAUAU